GACCGGCCGGCGCCUGUUGGCCGCCGCGCUCGGCUCCCCGCCGCCGUCUUCCGCCGUCCCGCCGUUACCCCGGCAACGGCGCCGUCGGCGGAGGCAGGAGCCCGGGUCCGGCGGCAGGAUGAUGCUCUCCCGUGCUAAGCCGGCCGUGGGGGGUACUCCGCCGCCGGGAGACAGGCGGAGGAAGAAAGGGAAGAAGGUGCCGCAGCUGGAAGAGCUCCUGGCCCUGAGGGACUUCACCGGCGCCAUCGCUUUGCUGGAGUUUAAACGGCACGUGGGUGAGCAGCAGGAGGAUACUGACCUUUGGAUCGGAUACUCUGCCUUUCAUUUGGGGGACUACAAGAGAGCACUGGAGGAAUAUGAGGCCUUAACCAAACAACCAUCUUGUAAUCCAGAUGUUUGGGUGAACCUUGCCUGUACAUACUUCUUUCUGGGAAUGUAUACGCAAGCUGAACAAGCAGCCUUGAAAGCACCUAAGAGUCGUCUCCAGAACCGUUUACUCUUUCACCUGGCACAUAAGUUUAGUGAUGAGAAGAAACUGAUGAGCUCUCACCAGAAUCUGCAAGACAUUACAGAAGAUCAGCUUAGCUUGGCAUCUAUCCACUACAUGCGGUCCCACUACCAAGAAGCUAUUGAUAUCUACAAACGCAUUCUUCUUGAUAAUCGGGAAUACCUGGCUCUGAAUGUAUAUGUGGCCCUAUGCUAUUACAAACUGGAUUACUAUGAUGUAUCUCAGGAAGUGCUAGCUGUUUAUCUUCAGCAAGUUCCUGACAGCACCAUUGCUCUUAACCUUAAGGCUUGUAACCAUUUCCGACUCUACAAUGGGAAGGCUGCUGAGGCAGAGCUCAAGAAUUUGACAGACAGUGCCUCACCGUCUUUUGAGUUUGGCAAGGAACUCAUUAAACACAACCUGGUGGUGUUCCGAGGAGGAGAAGGGGCUUUGCAGGUCCUGCCUCCUCUGGUUGAUGUUAUUCCUGAGGCAAGACUGAAUCUUGUGAUUUACUAUCUCCGGCAAGAUGAUGUGCAGGAGGCUUAUAACCUGAUUAAGGACCUGGAACCUACAGCUCCACAGGAGUACAUCCUCAAAGGAGUGGUAAAUGCAGCACUUGGACAAGAAAUGGGCUCGAGAGAUCACCUGAAAAUUGCUCAGCAGUUCUUCCAGUUGGUGGGUGAAUCAGCCAGCGAAUGUGAUACCAUUCCAGGGAGACAGUGCAUGUCCUCCUGCUUCUUUCUUGUUAGACAGUUUGCUAAUGUCCUGAUUUACCUCAACUCAGUCAAGAGUUAUUUCUACAAUGAUGACACUUUUAACUUCAACUACGCCCAAGCCAAAGCUGCCAUGGGCAAUUUUAGUGAGGCUGAAGAGGUGUUCCUUUUGAUCCAGAGUGAGAAGAUAAAGAACGAUUUUGUUUACCUUAGCUGGCUAGCUCGCUGCUAUAUUAUGAAUAAGAAACCGCAGUUGGCCUGGAACCUCUAUCUGAAGAUGGAGACCUCAGGGGAUUCCUUUAACCUAUUGCAGCUCAUAGCAAAUGAUUGCUACAAAAUGCGUCAGUUUUACUAUUCAGCCAAAGCGUUUGAUGUUCUGGAGAGACUGGACAGUAAUCCCGAAUACUGGGAAGGCAAGAGAGGUGCUUGUGUGGGUGUCUUUCAAAUGAUCAUAGCUGGCCGAGAAGCAAAAGACACUAUACGGGAAGUGCUGCACCUUCUGAAGAGCACUGGUAAUUCUCAAGUAGAAUAUAUUGUCCGCAUCAUGAAAAAGUGGGCCAAGGAGAACAGAGUCGCUGUUUAAUUCAGUGUCACAAAGUGAACCAGGUCGGUUACUAUUGUAUGUGUGGCUGUUAGAUGUGGGUCUUGGUUUCGCCUGUGCAUUCUGGGUAUCUCCUUCCUUGCAGGACUUUAGAUGGUCAAGCAGGUUGACUCAGUUGAACAACAAUGUAGUGCAGUGAGAUUGCAAAAUAUUCGGCAAGUUUGGGUUUUUUUUUUACAUAAAGCUUUAUCGGUACUUUUUCUGUUGCACCACACACUAUUCCUCAUUCAAGGUUUUAGUUAUUUAGUAGGAAUUCCAACUGUCCAGAAGUCAAAGUGCUCCUCAGAUGUUUCCCAGAUUUCUGCACAGGUGUUUCUGGACUGCUUUGUGGGGUUUUCUUCAGCAAGCUUUCUGGUCUCUGGAGAAGACCUUGUUAAAAGACUGAGACAAAUCUACUUCAGCAAGUGAUGGAAUGUGGCAAGUAGAGAGGAUGAUGGAUAAAACCAAAAGCCAGUACUAGGGUAUCAGAUAAUACAUAAAGACUUCUGUAUUUUACCUGUCUGGGGUAAAAUACAAACUAUAUUCUGAGCACUGUCCUUUUCUGGAUAUCUCUCUACUGAGAUACUAAUACCUUCAUUUUUAAAUUUUUGACUGUAAGGAUUGUUUUUUCUCUUAACAUUAUUUCUGAAAAUGAGUGUUAAUCAGCCCAAAAUGCUAACUUGCAAAGUAGCUUAUUUCCUUUCUAGGUUGAUAGCAAAGCAUGAUGGUACCAUCUUUUCAGAACAUGGAGAUCUGACUGACUGUAUUGUUCAAUCUUGCUUUGAGGUUUGACACUCAAAACAUUUAUUCAUGUUAAUAUAAUUCAUGUAAGUAAUCCAUUUAGUUUAGCAAUCUGAUGGAUAAAAGAACUGGAUGUUUUGAAUAAUUUUCUUCAGCAUUUACCACUCCCAUUAGCAAUACAUUUAUUAUACUUUUGGAUUUAUUAUACUCUCCUGGUUUUUUUAUGAAGAACAAUUCAGGGAAUAUAUAAUUCUAAAAAAAGGCCACAGUUGUAAUAUAGAAGUGUAUUAUACAUUUUGUAGUGAAAAACAUUUGGAUAUUAUUUGUAAAAGGAAAAUUCACAUUUUGUAAAUUUGUAAAAUACUUAUAAUGUAUUUUUUUAUCUUUUGGGGUGGAAACUCAGAAUACUGUAUUCUCUAAUGUCAGUGCUUUGAUUAAAGCCCUUAAUUGAAUCCACA